AUGGAGAAGCAGGAGGUGGUUGCGGUCAUUGUGCUGGACGAAUCCGAGGAGGAGGAACUGGUGCAACUCGAAGUCCAUGAGAGCGAACGAGCAACGACGGAAGGGUCGGUCGAUCUCGAUGGACUGGCAACGCAGCAAGUAGAGAUGAACAGCAGCCGAGAUGAGGAUGAGGAUGAUGAGGCCUUCGCGCCUUGGCCGUUUAAACAACGAAACAAGCCACCUGCCACCACUUCGCGAAGUGCAAGUGCUGCCAAACCGAAGGCAGAUGACUUCAAGGCGCUCGAUGAGGAGGAGCUGCUGGCCGACCUCUUCGGUGCUGCAGAUGACAAUCGUUCCCAGAAACUCCGUAAGAAGAGGGCCGACGAAGCAGAGGCGCCGGCCCGAAAGCUGCGAAAGACGCGCAGCCGUGAGCGUGGCGUCGUCCAUCCCAAGCUCAAUCCGCUCAAGAUUACCGGCGGCAACGCGAAAGCGAAGCCACCCUCGCCCGUGGCCCUCGACGAGAGAGGCGUCGAGGAGGAGGAAAAAGAAGAAGAGAACGCGCUGGAGGACAGCGUAGAGGACGUGGAGGGGGAGGAGUGCCCUCUCUGUGAGCAGCGGUUCAGCGCCGACCUGCUGCAGGCCCACGUCGAAGCCGAGCUCGAGCAGCGGAAUCCCUCCGCCGCUGGCGGGCAACAGGCGCCGAGGCCGCAGCCACCAAGUCGAAGCGGUGCGGGUCCGGGCGUCGAGGGGGUGGUGCUGGACGAUGAAGAGGAGGAGGAGAUCGAGUGCAGCGGCGACGGCGGCGGGCCGGAGGGAGACAAGGCCGAGUGCCCGUUCUGCCAGCGACACUUCCGGCGCGGCGUGGAGCUCGAAGAGCACGUGCACCACGAGAUGACCCUGCGCGAGAACGGCGGUAGCGGAGGGGCCAGCGGUGAGCAGGCGAGGCGAGGGGGCGCGGGCGAGUGUGAGGGAAGGAGGACGGUGACGAGGACGCGCCUGCCGCUGGUGCGCCAGAGCUCGCGGAAGCUGCCCUCUUCCUUCGGUGCCAACGACGCGCCGGCCGAUGGCACUCUGAACUCCUUCUUCGCCAAGCGCGCUCCGGCAUCGGCGUCGUCGUCUUCGUCUUCGUCGUCGUCUGGCUCGGUCGCGCUCGUCCCCGACUCGCAACCCGCAAGGUCGCAGAAGAGACCGGCAACGGAGGGCGGGGAGGAAGGCGCCGAGGACGAGGACAACUACGACGACGUCACCUUCAACUUCAAGCCGUUGUGGGCGACCCAGGAGUUGCCGUACGACUACCAGAAUCAGUUCAACAAGCAGAAGAAGAAACGAGGAAGAGGAGCCAAAAAGCCAGCGUACGAAGAAGAGGAAGAGGAGCAACCCGUGGAGGUCGACCUGGUGGAGGAGAUCGAAGAGGCCGCUACGCCCCCCAAGCGAGGGGGAAGAGGCGGAGGCAGGGGAAGGGGAACGGGACGAGGACGAAGCAAGGCAAGUCGAACGUCGUCGUUCUCGUCGGCAAGCAGCACCAUCAAGAAGAAGAGCUGGCGUGGAGCACGAAGAGGCGGAUGGGGGCGAGGCCGAGCCAAGAGGGGUGGUUGA